GGCCGUGGUUUGAGCCAUCGUGGGGACCGGAUGCUGCAGGUGCGGCGCUGAUCGGGAGCUAAGAAUGCGAGGCGUGGAGGCUCGGCAUCGGACGUGCCCCGUGCCUCGCCGCUGGGUGGGACCAAGAGAGAAACGAAACGAAACUUUUUUAGGUUUCACUAUACCUGCUUCUCAAAACCAAACAGGACACAGUAUUCCAUCCACGAGAAGAAGGCCAGGUUUACAGUCUGCAUCACCAUGGCACAUUACAGAGGUCAGGACAACAAACGGGAGCAGUUCCGGAGAUACCUGGAGCAAGCUGGCGUUGUAGAAAGUCUCACCAGCGUUCUCUUGUCUUUGUAUGAACAACCCGAGAAGCCCAGCAAUGCUUUGGAAUUCGUGAGGCAGCAGUUCGGUGCCACAGGGACGACGUGUGAAGACACUGCCAAGCUGCAGCAUGAAGUGAUUGACCUGAGGCAGAAAUGUGCACGGCUGACGGAGGAAAACAAGGACCUCAAAGCCAAGCUACAACGUUAUGAAAGUGUAUUACAGGAUGGAGCCAAUGCUAAUUAAAGCACUGUACAACUAUGAUUUGAUUUAUGUAUAUUUUGUUUGAUGGAAAUUAUUUACAAGACAAUGUUCUUAAGUGAAAGGCAAUAUUUUUUAUAUAACUAUGCUUUUUUUGUUAAAAAAAGUCUCUUUUCCUUAUUUGUUUCUCACUUACCCUGUACAAGUAUUUAUGUUUUUAAGUUUUUGUCUUGUCACUUUAAGCAGCAUGGAAAACGUUUCACUAGUUUUAAAGGUCCAUUAAAAAUGGAUUCUAAAACCAAAGUCCAGUCGAACUGCCAGUCUUUCUUUUUCAUUGUAAUAAGUAUAUAGAGUUUGUGGCAGAAACAGGUGUUAAAAUGCUGAUGUAUGUAAACACUCCCAAUAAUGUCACUAGUACAAUAAAGUACAGUAAAUGAA